UCAUCAACAGCCGCCAUAUUACUUGAUUGAGACAGUGUCUCAUUUUGGAUGUUAUCUUAAAAAUUAAUGUAUUUAUACGUAGUUGAUGGUCAUAAUUAUCGAUAAUAUUUAGUGAAUUUGUGUUUGAAAUUUAAAGAAAGCUUGUGUUUGUUCACAAAGUUCAAAAAAUGUUUAUAAUUGUGUUUGCUUGAAGUAAAUAUCAUUGUGUUAGUUUAGUACCGACGGAAGAUGGUGAGACUUACUUGUUCUCAGUUCUGUGUAGUCGACCAAUAGAGGCUUCAUUAUGGCAAAUGGAUGAAUGCCAUUGUUUAAUAUGUGCCUUCGUGCAUCGAAUGGACAUCGAACUCAGUAUAAAAUUAUAGUUUUUAUUCAUAUUAUGUGCUCGAGUGCAGUCAAACUAUGUGUGUGAAGUUAAAUAAUAUUUAAAUAGUGGAGAAUUUAAGAUUAAGUGUCCGCCGCAUUUGGCCAGUGCUGUGGCGGCAUCAGUUUUGUAAACAGAGGCCUAUACGAACUUCACCAUGGCUGAUGGGCCUACAAAUGCUAAACGGCCCAAGUUGGACCCAUUUCAGGGUUCAACUGAUUCGUCUGUGUCUUCAAUGGGUAUGAUGCACCAUUCAUACGACUACAGUGGGUUGGUUGGUACAGACAAUGGUGGUGGGCAAUCCAAAAACAGUCUCUCACAACCUCUUCUGGAACAUCAGCCGAUAUGGGGGAACAUGUACUCACAGAAAACAAAUGUCCUAUCGAAUUUGGAUAUGUUCGAUUUGGAAAAUGAUCUACCAGAUGAAUUGAUGACGUCUGGUGGAUCAUGGGGAGUUUCUACUGACCAUAUCGGACCCAGUAGUAGUAAACCUCCAGCACCUCAAGGUCCGGGUCCUGGUGGAGCCAUGCAAAAUGGAGUAUCGGUGGAUCAACAAGAUCCGACUGGAGGUCAAGUUCCAAACGUUGCUCUUCGGCAACAACAACAAAUACAAUUAAGUCAUCAUCUUCUGCAACAGCAGGGCAAUAAAAGUUUAGUAGGAAAUCCUCUUCUAGCGGCGGGGCAGUUAGGUAGUAAAAGUCCAAAUAUUCAAUCACCUCCUAAUGUAUCUGUGGCAAAAGGUCCAGGGGUAGAUCCAAUGACUCUAGGCAAUAUGCCUUCUAGUAUAGCUAAUUCUGUGAUGAGUAAUAUCCCAAAUAGUGUAGGAGGACUUCAAUCUUCCAUUGGAAAUGUUAUGUCGAUGGCUAGUAAUGGAAAUGUGCAAGUAAUGAAUUCUACAAUGCCAGGAAUGAAUAGUGUAGCGCCAGGGGGAGGUAUGAUUAUGACGAAUAGCAAUAUGAACACCAUGGGCGGAAUGGCUGGAGGAAGUUUAGUUGUAACUAAUAGUUUGAAUAAACAACCAUUACCGGCUGCAGGGAGUAAUGUUGGUCCUGGAGGAAAUAUGCUUGGUGGUCCACAUUUAGCUGGUCUACAAAAUGGACCAGGAGGAAUGAUGACUGCGAGGGCAGCCAUGCAACAUAUGGGUGGACCCAGAGGUGGUCCUGGACAUGCAUUAUCUGGCGGCCCACGAAUGCAACCUCCGAAUAUGGCUGCAACAAUGAAUGCAUUAAGCAAUAAUCAAGGAAUGGGAGCUAGUGGAAAUUUGUAUGGAUAUGGUUCAGGUAGUGGAGGACCUCAAAAUGUUGGAGGCGUAAACACACCAGGUCCUCAAUUGCAAGGUGUUGUAGCCCCUCAGCAACGUGCUGCUACCAUGGCUUGUAUACAAGCAGCUGCGAGGUUUGGUGGACCUGUAGGGCCAGGUCCGCCAUUAACAGGUGGUCCUGGACCAAUUGCUGGUGUGAGUGAGGGAGGAAUGGCAUCUCAAGCACAACCUCCAGCUGCGUCUCCAGCUCAACCUCAGAGUGGUGCUCCAAGUGGUAGUCAACCUGGACCACAAACUGCCACUCAACAAAAUCCACCUCCAACGAAUGUUCCAAAUACAGGCACAGCCACAUCAACAGGUUUGGAUCCAGAAAAACGUAAGCUAAUCCAACAACAGCUUGUGUUACUUCUUCAUGCACAUAAAUGUCAACGACGUGAAUCACAAGCGAAUGGUGAAGCAUGGAAAUGUACAUUACCGCACUGUAGUACCAUGAAGAAUGUACUCAAUCAUAUGACAACAUGUCAAGCUGGAAAAAAUUGUAACGUUCCACAUUGUAGUUCAUCUAGACAAAUCAUUAGUCAUUGGAAACAUUGUACGCGAUCUGAUUGUCCCGUGUGCUUGCCACUCAAGCAAGCUGACAAGAGAAAUGUUACUACUAAUCCUACUACAAAUCCUCCCGCAAAUAAUCAACCACCAACACCAUCCGAUAUGCGACGGGCCUACGAUGCGUUAGGUAUCCCAGUUCCAGAGAAAACAGCUCCACCCGGAACACCAAAUUCAAUGUUAACGGGAGCUAACCAAACAUUAAAUAGACCUGGUGGAGUUCGUAUGCCAGGUCCAGCUGGUAUUACAGGUGUAGCUGGACCACCAAAUAUGAACCCUGUACGAGUAUUAGCACCCCCUCAGCAAGGGCAAUCAGUUGUACCAAAUGUUAGUUUACCACUUGGAAGUGAUCCAAACUCAACACCUGGCCAAGGUCCACCAUGUUCAACACCUGGUCAAGGUCCUCCAGGUUCAACCACAUCAGCACAAGCUCAAGCAACAGCUGCAAAUAUACAACAACUACAAUUAUUUGGUUUAUCAGGUCUUGUUACCGCGCUUCCGGUACAAGGUACCAAAGAAUGGCAUCAAUCAGUAACAACUGAAUUACGAAAUCAUCUGGUUCAUAAGUUAGUGCAAGCAAUUUUUCCUACGCCCGAUCCUCAGGCAAUGCUUGAUAAACGAAUGCAUAAUUUAGUGGCGUAUGCUAGAAAAGUAGAAGGCGAUAUGUUUGAGAUGGCAAACUCUUUAUCCGGAUAUUAUCAUUUAUUAGCAGAAAAAAUUUAUAAAAUUCAAAAAGAAUUAGAAGAAAAACGGCAGAAACGAAAAGAACAACAACAGUUACAGCAAAAUCAACACCUGCAGCAACAAGUUAAUCAACCACAACAACCUCAAAUGCGACCAAAUGUUCCUGGUGCAAUAAGUACAGUAGCACCACGUGUUGGUCAACCAAAUGCAGCAGCCGUAUCUGCUGGUGGUUUACGCAGUCAUAGUCCUGCAAUGCCGCCGCAUGCUAAUCAACAACCGCAACAAUUACCAGGUGGUCCUCGAAUGCAAUUUCCACAACAAAAUUCAAAUCAAUCUCAUUUGGUGGGACCCCCUGGACCUAGCCCGAAUGCGAACUCAACUGUCAAUUCAACACAAUCUAACAAUAUGGUUGUUCCAAAUCCCGGACUUUCACCAUUUGGACCUUUAUCACAAGGACCUCCUAGUAUGGGUAGUGUAACAGGUGCACCUUGUGGUACACCAAAUCAACCACAAUUUAAUAAUACAAAUGGUCCUACAACUACCGGUCUUCCAAGUGCAUCACCAGCUGGCAAUCAUCAAUUCCCUGAUCUUAUGAAACAAAGAAUUAACACACCUCAACAACAAUGUCCUGCAACUCCUUCAACGCAAUCACCAUUUGGUAGUCUGCAGCAAAAUAAUCAGCAACAGACAACGCCAAAUCCACAACAAAGUCAAUUCAACAAUAUAAACACACCGAAUAAUCGAUUACAAUCGUCUUUAUCAAACGUUCUACCAGAAAGUAUACCAUCCGUUACAUCACAAUCUCAGGGUCCAACAUCGGUUUCAUCAUCUAGAGGACCAUCUCCAGGUCCAGUUGGACGUAGUCCUCAACAAUCAAGUAUUGCAAGUACUCCACCUCCAUCGACAACAGCGAGCAGUCAGGGUAUGAAUAAUAAUAUCGGAAAAGGAGGUGGUACAAUGUCGAGUAUGGAACGAGCAAUUAAUAAUGCUGCACCCCGUCAAACCAGUAGUAGUAGUGCUAUGUCGUGUAUGGAGCGGGCAAUUAAUGCAUGUGCUGCUGAUAGAGACGAAGAUAAUUCACCUCCACCAUCCACGAAAGGUAAACUAGAUAUGAAACAUGACGAUGACUCAAUGGACGUAAAGAAAGAAGAUGGCUUUGGUGAUUCACAAGAAAGUGGCAAAAAUGCAAAUAAUGAUUCAAAAUCUGAAAUUAAAGCAGAACCUAUGGAUGAUUCAGAAAUACCACCAAUUAAAGAUGAACCACGCUCACCAAGUACGAGUGCGAGUACUUCUGAAAAUGAAAUUAAACCAAAAAUUGAACCCAUAGCUCAAGCUCAAGGAGGCGCAUUAGAUAAAAAACGUAAAUGCUUAUUCAAACCAGAUGAAUUAAGACAAGCGUUAAUGCCAACGUUAGAAAAACUAUAUAGACAAGAUCCAGAAUCGAUACCAUUUCGUCAACCCGUUGACCCUCAGGCAUUAGGAAUUCCUGACUAUUUUGAUAUUGUUAAGAAACCAAUGGAUUUGUCAACCAUUAAACGUAAAUUAGACACAGGACAAUAUUCCGAUCCGUGGGAGUAUGUAAAUGAUGUUUGGCUUAUGUUUGAUAAUGCUUGGUUAUAUAAUAGAAAAAAUUCUAAAGUCUACAAACAUUGUACGAAGUUAUCUGAAGUAUUUGAACAAGAAAUCGAUCCAGUAAUGCAAUCUUUAGGUUAUUGUUGUGGAAGAAAAUAUACGUUUAACCCUCAAGUGCUUUGCUGUUAUGGAAAACAAUUGUGUACGAUACCUAGAGAUGCGAAAUAUUACAGUUAUCAAAACAGUCUAAAAGCGUAUGGACUCGGAUCCAACAGGUACACAUUUUGUCAGAAGUGUUUCAACGAUAUACCAGGAGAUACAGUCACCCUCGGAGAUGAUCCAACACAAGCACAAACCGAAAUUAAAAAAGAUCAAUUCGUGGAAAUGAAAAAUGAUCACCUAGAAUUAGAACAUUUUGUAGCAUGUCUGGAUUGUGGGCGUAAACUUCAUCAAAUUUGUGUACUUCAUAUGGAUACAAUAUGGCCACAAGGUUUUGUUUGUGAUAAUUGUUUGAAAAAGAAAGGACAAAAACGGAAAGAUAAUAAAUUUACAGCGAAACGUUUACCAACUACAAAACUUGGUAUUUAUAUUGAAACACGUGUUAAUAAUUUCUUAAAGAAAAAAGAAGCUGGUGCUGGUGAAGUGUCAAUUCGUGUUGUGUCUAGUUCAGAGAAAACAGUUGAAGUGAAGCCCGGAAUGCGUGCUAGAUUUGUUGAAACUGGUGAAUUAGCUGGUGAAUUUCCUUACAGAGCGAAAGCAUUAUUUGCAUUUGAAGAGAUCGAUGGAACGGAUGUGUGUUUCUUUGGAAUGCAUGUUCAAGAAUAUGGUUCUGAUUGUCCACCGCCGAACACUAGACGAGUUUAUAUUGCUUAUUUAGAUUCAGUUCACUUUUUUAAACCUAGACAAUUUCGUACAGCUGUGUAUCAUGAAAUAUUAUUAGGAUACAUGGAUUAUGUUAAGCAAUUAGGCUAUACAAUGGCCCAUAUUUGGGCGUGUCCACCUUCAGAAGGUGAUGAUUAUAUAUUCCACUGCCAUCCAACUGAACAAAAAAUACCAAAGCCAAAACGAUUACAAGAAUGGUAUAAAAAAAUGUUAGAUAAAGGAAUUAUUGAACGGAGGGUUCUUGAUUACAAGGAUAUUCAUAAACAAGCAAUGGAAGAUAAGCUAAGUUCAGCCGCUGAAUUACCGUACUUUGAAGGAGAUUUCUGGCCUAAUGUUUUAGAAGAAAGUAUCAAAGAAUUAGAUCAAGAAGAAGAAGAGAAACGAAAACAAGUUGAAGCUGCAGAGGCUGCUGCAAAUGCGAUAUUUUCAUUGAGUGAAGAAAAUGAAAUAGGCCCAGAUGGUAAAAAGAAAGGUCAAAAGAAAGCUAAAAAGAGUAAUAAAUCGAAGGCAAGUCAACGUAAAAAUAGUAAAAAAUCAAAUACACCACAAACAGGAAAUGAUUUAUCAGAUAAAAUUCUUGCUACAAUGGAGAAGCAUAAGGAAGUUUUCUUUGUUAUUCGAUUACAUUCCGCCCAGUCAGCUGCUAGUUUACCGCAAAUUCAAGAUCCUGAUCCAUUUAUAAAUUGUGAUUUAAUGGAUGGCCGUGAUGCAUUUUUAACAAUGGCCAGAGAAAAACAUUACGAAUUUUCAUCAUUAAGACGAGCGAAAUUUAGUUCAAUGUCCAUGUUAUACGAAUUACAUAAUCAAGGACAAGACAAAUUCGUUUACACUUGUAAUAAUUGUAAAACGCAUGUGGAAACACGAUACCAUUGUACAGUGUGCGAUGACUUUGAUUUGUGUAUACAAUGUUACGAAAAAGAUGGACAUCCACACAAAAUGGAGAAACUUGGACUUGAUUUGGAUGAUGGUUCAUCACCAUCCGAUCAAAAACAAGCGAACAAUGGUGAUGCUAGGAAAAUGUCCAUACAACGUUGUAUACAAUCCCUUGUACAUGCUUGUCAAUGUAGGGAUGCUAAUUGUCGGUUACCAAGCUGUCAGAAGAUGAAACGAGUUGUUACCCAUACAAAAAUAUGUAAACGAAAAACAAAUGGUGGUUGUCCUAUUUGUAAGCAAUUGAUUGCGUUAUGCUGUUACCAUGCGAAACAUUGUCAAGAAACAAAAUGUCCGGUACCGUUCUGUUCGAAUAUUAAACACAAAUUAAAACAACAACAAUUACAACAACGAUUACAACAAGCACAUUUGUUACGACGGCGUAUGGCUGCAAUGCGAACAGUAGCUCCAGGCAUACCAGCGAGUGGAGCACAAGCUGUACCUACUGGAGCGCCAUGUCCUGGUGCUGCGAGUCCGGCAAGUACCGUUUCUUCACCUAGUGGUGGGUUAGUGUCACCGCACCAACCUGGUGUUGGCAUGAAGCCAGGAGGAACUCAAACACCACCAGCAAAUGUACUUCAAGUUGUUAAACAAGUUCAGGAAGAGGCUGCAAGGCAACAAGCACCUCAUGUUACUGGAUACGGAAAAUCAGGCCCUGGCGGUCAAGUAAUGCCACCUCCAUCUCAAUUACAACGUGGAGCUAUGGCAGGUCCUGGUGGUCCAAACCUACUACCCAUGGAACAAUGGACUCCUAGGUAUCCAUCAGCUGGCAUUCAGGGCGUUCGACCUCAGGGAGUUCAAAUGCAUCCGCAAUUACCUCAACAGCCUCCAGUUUUAAGUGGAGGAGGAAUGAAUCCCCAUAUGGGUAUGAGACAAGGUAUGCCCGGUGCGCCACCACCAGGUGGUACGGGAUUGCAUAAAGCAGCACUUCAACAAUUGAUGCAAACUUUAAAAUCACCAAAUUCACCGGAGCAACAAGCACAGAUAUUACAAAUAUUGAAAUCGAAUCCACAAUUAAUGGCUGCAUUUAUAAAGCAACGACAGGCACAAGCCGCUGCUCAACAAAAUAGUGCUAAUGCAAAUGCUGGCCCUGGUGGUCCUGCGGGACCUGGAGGUGCUGGACCACCGCAAUCACAAUUACAACAUAUAAUAUCGCAACAAGCAGCACAAGCGCAAGCGGGACGUAUGCAACAGAUGCAACAAGCAUUACUGAAUCAACAACAACAAUCUGGUGCUGGUAUUCCACAGCAACAACCUGGAGGUCCUGGACAAGUGGGUCCUGGUAACCAACAAAUGACCCAGUGGUAUAAACAACAACAUCAGUUGUUGGUUAUGCGCCAACAGCAACAACAACAACAGCAGCAGCAGCAACAACAACAAGCUCAGGGACAAUUCCAACAACCUCCAGCACCACCUUAUCAACAACAAAGACUGACCGGUGGUAUCCCUCGACAGCCUAUGCAACAGCAAUGGGCAAAUAGUGGGUUCACUGGAGAUCAACCUGGUUAUCUACCUCUAUCCGGUCACAAACCCUCACCACAGUCGAUGGGGCCCCCGGCAGGGAGCGUACAGCAAUUAAUGCAAAGUGUACGCAGUCCACCGCCCAUUCGCAGCCCACAACCGAAUCCAUCACCUCGGCCGGUGCCAAGUCCACGCGGUCAACCAGCGCCAAGUCCGCGUGGUCAUGAAUUAGCUGGACCAUCAGAGAUGAUGCUAUCAAAUCCUACACAAUCGACGUCUGCCCCUGGAGAACAAUCAGAUCAAGCCCCGUCCACAAUGACACCCCAGGACCAGUUAAGCAAGUUUGUUGAACAAUUGUAGUGAUGUGUUUUAAUGCAAAUGAAUAAUAAUUUUAAGACAUGGUACAAAUAACAUUUGUUAAUAUUUUUAGAUAAUAAUUGUAUGUUGAAAGUGAGUUUGAGUUCUAAACCGAACCGAUUUAUAUCUUAAUCCACGAUUACUUAACUAAUUCAGAAUUGAGUGAAGCGGCGAACCGAACCACACAACAGUGUUCGAACCACAACUCAAAAUGAAGAACAGUGUUUGUUUAUUAUUUGUAAUUAUAUUUGUAUAAAGUCAAUUGACGUAAUUUUUAAACUCUUUACUGACUCAAAUCUAAUUGAGAUUUGUAAUUCUUGUACAUAUGUUUGAUACAGCCAUUUUGUGUUAGUGUGCGACAAUGUCUACCACAAUGCGGCGCGGUGCAACGUAUGCAACUUGUGCAACGCGUGUGAUACAUCGCUUGCUUUAGACUUGAUCAUUAUCAUCAAAAUAUAUAUAUUAUGAUAUAUUACUGCGCGUCUAAUAUACGUCUGCGCCUGCGAUCAAUCACAGAGGAAUUUAUAAGGCUUUUCUGCUGUCAGGCUGUGUUUUAAUCAAUAAUAAACCUGUGUCAUCGUAGUGCGUAGACAUUGGACGUAGCUCUGCACAGCUCUGUUGCUACAUGCAUAUAUAUAAAUAUUUGUUUUUAUAUAUAAAUAUAAAAUUAAAUAAUACGUUAUUCAUAGCAGUUUUUAUCCGUAAGUUCUAGUUUUUUUUUUCAUUUAUAAUAUAAAAGUGUAAAAUAAGUAAACUUUGUAUAUUUGUUCGCGAUACCUUUGUUUGUGACAGAAAAUAUCGACCGCAUUUGUGGUGGGUUCAAAAAAAAAAAAAAACUGUAAAUAACGUAUUUGACUACGAUUCUGAUUGACGGUAGCUAUACUACAUUGUGGAAGGGGAUGGAUUAUAUCUAAUUAUUAAAUAUAAUCUAAAAAUUAAAUAUUCGUGUCCAAUUUUGGAAAAGACCAAAAAUUUAAAUUACUUAGCGAAAAAAAAAAAAAAAAACAAGAAAAAAAAUUU